AUGCGUGAUGUUUUAAGCGCAUUAACUUCGUUGGAGAACCAGUCGUCGAAUGUGUACGAACGGAAUAUCAUUGAAUUCAUUGAAUUGGUGUACAUUCUUUUAAAACGAAAAUUUCGAUCUUCUGGCGUUUUUUGGAGAUAUGUGAGUCGUCUCAGGAACUUUUUGCUGUGUAACAUUAAAGACUGUCAAUUCACUGGUGAUCAAAAAUGUGUUUUGAAAUGUUCUUGGUGUUGUGAACUAUUUUCUGACUAUUCCGUAUUACUUUCAUUAUACAAAAAAUACUUUAUCUUGGUAUGCUUGGAAGUAGCUGCUAAACUUGGUAGUUCUAAAGCUGUUGGUAAUAAUCGACCUUCCUGUCACUUGUGUGACUUGCACCUCGCCUACACCUCUCUUCAUCAUUUCUGUCUAGUUUUGCGCGAUGGGCCUCAUGACCACAGAUUUCCUCAUUCUGUGUACGGCUUUAUUGAAAAGCCUAACUGUAAAUCAUGUACGCAUAUUUUGAAAAGAAAAGUCAUCCCAUUAUUUUGGGGUAAAGGAAAAAAUCCAAGUGGUCUCUGUGAUGACCAUGUAUCGUCACAUGAAGAAAAACGAUUUAGAGUUUUUAAAAAGAAUCAUAGUACUUUGUCACACCUGAGGAAAUGGAUUAGAAGGUCUGAAAGCAGCAGUGACUCUUGUGAUUCGUAUUCAUUGAAAGGUGAAAAUAAGCCUGUGAAAGAUAAUCCAUUGGAUUGUCUCAAGGCUGAGUCUAUUCCACAUCAACGUCUAUCACCUCUAAAUGAUUCAAAGUGUAUUGACGUCAAUUUAUUACACUCUUAUAUAGACAAGCAUUUAACUACUGAAUUACCUCAGCCGUGUUUGUAUCCACAUGUAUUGGUUAUUUUAUGUAAAUAUAUUAAUGCUAUUCAAUUCAUCAUACAUAUGGAUGAAAGUUAUUCAGUUCAUUAUGGUGAUGCCUUAGCACAUUUUAAUAUUAACAUUCUUGAAGAACUGCAAAAUGUAACUAAAUCGGUUUAUGAAAUGUUUAUCAGUACUAGAGAUGAUUUCUAUCUAAGUGUUGUACAGAUUGUUUGUCAAGCUAUUACUGUUGUAUACGAUUGCUUAAAAUAUUGGAAAAAGUCAGUUGUCCACUUGAAUUAUGAUACUUCACUCUUGGAUUUCAUAACAUUGAUAUCUCAAUGGUUUCAUUCAAAUGAAUCAAAGUUUAUGCCGUUAAAAUUAACUUCUCUUGAUAUCCUUUUAAAUGUAAUUAAUUUAACCUCACAAUGUACUGAUGUAUACAAUCGAUGUCAUAAUAUGAUUAUCAAUUUUUUAAAUAAUAUACAAACUACAGAAAAGCAUAUUCAUGAGUUAUUAUGCAUGACUAAUGAUUUUAAUUCCAAUGUACAUUCUGAAUAUAUUGCUGAUUAUUUUAUGUGUUUAUUUCAUAAAUUAUAUCAGUCAGAUCAAAGUUUAUUACAGCAUACACCACCACCACCAAUACAGGAUUCACCGUGUAUUAUAAACAAAGAAUUCCCGUAUUUGUUUGUUUUAUUGCAUUCUUUUGUAUCUCAGAGCAAAUGCUUAACUGUUGACGAAAAUACUACUACCACUACUAAUACUACUCCUCCUAAUACAUAUGCACUAGUUACUUAUCGUUCAUUUUUAUCAUUUAUGCAUAAUCAUGCAUUGUCCAUUUGUUCUGUAUAUAUGUUAAAUGAAUACUUUGUUCAAUGGAUUUUUGAUAUGUUGUUCGAAUUGUAUUUCUCUACUUCUUCUUUUAUCAUUUUUAAUCACUUCAAGAGCAACAACAAUAAUAAUAAUGAAUUACGUAAUCAUUUAUAUUUUAAGAUUAUUUAUGCCUUCUUAAUUGAUUUAGUUAAAAAGGAAAAAUUCGCAUGGUUAAAAGAUGUUUUGUUUAAGUUAACACGGAAUGAUAAUUCAUUUGUGAAAAAAACAAGCUUUUUACAUGAAUUAUGUCAAAUUCAUAAUGAUAUUAUUACUGCUCUUAUAAGUACCAGACGCUCAGAUUUAUGUUAUGCUAAUAUAAUUCUAAAUGAUCAUUUAAUGCAAAAUUUUCUGACUUGUUUGUUCAAUCAAAUCAAUACUGCUGAUAGUUGUUUAAGUAGUGAUUAUUAUCCGGAGUGUGCUCAUAACCUUUUGGAAUCGUAUACAAUACUGCUUGGAGUCAAAAUUCAAAUGUUGCACUCAAACAAAUUUUCGAUGAGUUUAAACUUUUGGCAAGAUUCACUCAAUACUGCGAAAGAUAUAAAAAGCCCUAAUUUCUUGUUAAGACGUUUAGUCAACAUGUUAACUAUGCCGUGGAAUCGUCCUUCACUAAAAUUCAGUGAUCACAAUCAAUUGUCCCUAAUUCAGGAGCACGAAAAAUUGCAAAGUUAUUUAACAGAUUUCACUAUUCAGUUGUUCUCUGAUGUAUUUAAUCAAUCAGAACACUUGUUGUACACAUCUCAGUUUAUCGGUCAGAAUAAGAACUUUGAUGAGGUCAAAUUCAUCUGGCAAUUGUUAGCCUAUCUAGUUAUGUUGUCUCGUUCAAAAUGGUGCGAACCACCACUGGUUAUACAAAAUGCCUCAAAACAAUUUCUGUGUAAACUUCAUACUUUGAACAAGUAUCUUAUCGAUUUUGGCAUGACAUUCAUCAACAAAGUUAUCCAGUCGGCAAUCUAUUAUUCUGUGAAUACUGAAUUCAAUUUGGAAGAUAAAGAUGGCUUCCGAUUGGAAGGUAUUCAAGAGUUACGUUCAUUAAUUCUACCGCCAAUUAUUGUUUUAAUUGAAAUGAUGCCGCAUAAAUCGGCUCCAUUAAAGAACAACAACGAUGAGAGUAAACGCAGCAAUGAUGAUGAUUAUGGUGAUGACAAUGAUAUAAUUAAUCAAUUAUUAAUUAUUAUGGUCAAUGCUUUCUCACAAUUAAAUCCAACUCUAAAAUCAUUUGGUUUCGAUUAUUUUUACACAUGUUUACCACACUUAACUCAAUUUGUAUUUUGUGAAAGUGUUUUAAUAACUACUGUAACUACUACUACUACGACUCAUACUGCUACUAGGAGCAAUACUCCUGCCACUGUCACUGAUACUAGUGCUAAUAUUCUUGAGAAAUCUGAAUCAACUUCUAGUGAACAAUUAUUGAGCAAGCAAUCAAUUACUCCCACUGAUAGUUAUUAUUUUGAUAAAUUAGCGUAUGCAUCAGAAUGUGAAUCAGUAUUUCGAUUUAAUCCCCAAUCUAUUCGGUUAUUAGUGUUUACAACAAGACUAUACAUACGCUUAACUUUGCAUAAUUUGCCACUGUUCACCAGCUGUAGCCAUUAUGCAUUAUCACCAGCAUUAUCAAAAACAGCCCCCACAGAGUCAUCGUGUAGAAAAGAAAAAGUCGGUGUAUCAACGGAGUGUGAAAAUCAAGCCUGGUCCAAAUGUCUAUCAAUGAUAGUUGCUAAUUUUUAUAGUAUAUUUAAUUCUCCUUUGCACGGACCACAUCCAACUGAAGAUAAAUACCUACAAAUUAACAUGAAUCAACUGAUUGAUGAAAUUUUACAAUUAAUGGCUUGUUUACUACACUGUUCAACUAUUCGAUUGGGUUGUUUAGAGUUGUUGAGGUGUCUCAUAUCACCAUUACGCUUUCAACCGAUUAAAUUUUGCACCGAUUACACCUAUCCACUUGGAACACUGAAUAUCAAAUUGUUAGGAAAUUUCAUACAGAUUAUCUUAAAGGAUAUAAGGAAACCACAAACUGACAAUUCGAGUAUUCAUCAGAAUGAUAGUGAGAAAACAGUAGCCAAGCGACUGUCUCCUUGUGUUACAAGUGAAAUGUUCAGUCUUCUGGUUGACUGGAUUCAAAGAAGUAGUGUUCUAAACCCAGUUAUAUUCACUACAUGGCCAAAAUUGUUUCCAACAAGUGGAGUACAGUGUGAUAAAAGCCUUCAACACAUUUGCAGCUGUAUGAUGAUGGUGAUAAUCUUUGCUCACAUGUUUACUCUUAUGCAAUUGCAUACGAUGAUCAGCAUGGCAAUAAUUAUACUAAAGUGUCAUAUGAUAAUUUCUUGA